AUGACAUCGUCAUCAACAGAUAUCCUGAUUAUCGGUGCUGGUCCUACCGGUCUUAUGUUAGCAUGUCAAUUGUCACUUUAUCCAAAUAUAUCUUUUCGUAUUAUUGAUAAAAAUUCAAAUCGUACUAUAUAUUCACGUGCUCUUGGUAUUCAUGCUCGUUCACUUGAAUUAUUUGCACAACUUAAUCUUGCUGAAAAAGCUAUAGUUCAAGGAGAAUUUAUUAAUAAAGUUAAUAUAUUCAUUCGUGGAAAACAUCGAUCUUCUUUCGACUACAGUUUAAUACGUACUGAUAAAAAAUCUUUACUUACACAUUAUCCUUAUAUUCUUUUUCUUGAACAAUCAGUUACUGAAGAAUUAUUAGAAACAUUUUUAAAUGAACAUAAUAUUAAAGUUGAACGACAAACUGAAGCAAUAGAUUUUAUUGAUAGAAAUUCAAAGAAUGAUAAUGAAGUUCAAGUUAUUUUAUCAACUGGUGAAAUAAUUCGAACAAAAUAUAUUUGUGCAUGUGAUGGUGCACGAAGUAUUGUUCGACAUAAAUUAAAUUUACCAUUUGAUGGUCGAACAUUUUCUGAAUCACUUUUUGUUGCUGAUUGUAAAAUUGAUAAUGUACCUCUUGGUAAAAAUCAAUUUUCAAUAUUCUUAGCAUCAUCUGGUUUAUCAGGCAUAUUUCCACUGGCUAAUGAUCGAUAUCGUAUUGUUGGUACAAUUCAUGAAGAACAAGACACUGAUCAAACGAUAUCUAUUGAUGAAGCUGCACAUAUAUUAAAAGAACGAAGUGAACAUUUUAAUAUGAAUGUACAUGAUUGUAGUUGGAUAUCUGUUUAUCGUUCUCAUCAUCGUCAUAUAACAACAUUUCGAUAUCAAAAACGAUAUUUUUUUCUUGGCGAUGCUGCUCAUAUUCAUUCACCACUUGGUGGUCAAGGUAUGAAUACAGGUUUACAAGAUGCACAUAAUCUUGCUUGGAAAUUAGCCUAUGUAUUAAUACAUUCAGCUCGAGAUCGUCUUCUUGAUACAUAUCAUGAUGAACGUUCAGCUGUUGCAAAAACAUUAGUUAAUACACUUGAUCGAGGUUUUGCUUUUCUAUCAAGUAAUAAUAGGAUUACACGAUUUGUUCGUUUAUCUAUUUUACCAAUUCUUUUUCAAUUUGUCGUACAACCAUUAUUUACUUAUUCAAGAAAAUUUCAACAAAUAGCAUUUCUUCGAAUUUCUCAAUUAGGUAUUACUUAUCGUUCAUUAAAUGUUUAUGAUUAUGGUGCAUCAGCAGGAAAUUUUCAACGAAAUACACCACAACCUGGUGAUCGUUUUCCUUAUGUUAUUUUUAAUCCAUGUUAUUAUCAUUUGGUUAUUUUUGAAAAUCAACAAUCAACAAAAGUAAAUCAAUUUGUUGAAUUCAUCAAGAAAGAAUAUUCAAAAAUGAUUCAAAUUCAUGAUAGUUAUGAAGAAAAGAUUCCAUUGCAAUUUGAAGGUGCUAUUCUUAUUCGACCUGAUGGAUAUAUUGCUUAUCGAACAAAUGUAUUUGAUCUAAGACAUUUUCAAUGUUACUUCGAUCAAUUUUUUCCUAGAGAAAUGGUGUAG